UUUAUCCAUUGCAAGUCUGUUUGGUCAAAUUUUAAGUCUGGUUUUUGAUGUUUUACUAAUUUAAUUCGGCUAUUUUAGCUAAUGGAGGAAUCCAUGUGAAGUUCUGAAUCGAUGGUUAUUGCAUAAUCCUAGAAAACUGGCGUUAGAUCUUUGUUAAUGAUUGUUUUCAGCUUAAAGUAAUAUUUGAGAUAAGAGCACUGUUUGUGUUCUUAAUAAGAAAUAUUUAGUUUGGAGUUGGCUUCAGGUGCGCUGUUAGAUAACUUGUGAGGGACUAAAGCAUCUUCGAGAACGCCUUCUGGGUUUUUGGGGGUAAUGUUCAGGUCAGGUGGAUUGCCUGGCCUUUGAUUACAGGUGUUGGCCACGCUGCCGGAAACAUUCUCCCCAGCGGAGCUUGGUCUUUGGGCAUUCUAAUAAGUGUGGGAUAGCAUUUAAACCCCAAGCACCGAGAGCACCAAUUCAAUUACAAAAUAAGACUAGAUGGGGCAAGAAACAUUAAAUUGAUGUUUGGCUCAUAUAACAGGAGUGACUCUGUUACCCUCAUGAUUGAUUGCAAAAAUAUCUCCUAAAUUGGAAAUAUUUCACUUUGUUUUUUCCUGCAAGGAUCCCAUGUAUAAGACAAGCAAGAUUCUGCAAAUAAGCAUGACUAUCAUGUGGUGCCUGGUUAUGUGCAAAAGAAGUCUCGAAUCAUGAAGUGGCUUAACAAGAUAUUUAAAGGCUCUAAUCACAGGAUUUCUGAGGGCCAAUAUCAUGGAGGAUUUGGAGAGGAAAAUAGGGUUUGGGAUGUCCAUUCUGGCUCUUUGGAUGGCCACUCACAUAGUGAAAAUGAGGAUUUGGAUCAUGCGAUUGCACUUUCUCUUUGUGAUGAAGAACUAAAAAGGGCAAAUGACACAGGUAGCAGUUCUCAGGUGGAUGAUGAUGAAGAGCUUGCUAGAGCUCUACAAGCAAGUUUGGACAUAGCCUCCCCUCCACGUCCACAACCAAGUCCGAGUUACGCUACACCGUAUACUUAUCCUAGUGGAUACAGGAUCUGUGCUGGUUGUAACACUGAGAUAGGCUAUGGGCGCUUUCUGAGUUGUAUGGGAGCUGUUUGGCAUCCUCAGUGUUUUCGUUGUCGUUCUUGUGGGGAACCUAUUUCUGAUUAUGAGUUUUCCAUGUCAGGGAAUGACCCAUACCACAAGUCCUGUUACAAGGAGCUUUAUCAUCCAAAAUGUGAUGUCUGUGAAGAAUUUAUCCCAACAAAUAGAGCUGGCCUAAUUGAGUACAGAGCUCACCCUUUUUGGGGGCAGAGAUACUGUCCUACACAUGAACAUGACAACACACCUCGCUGUUGUAGUUGUGAGCGCAUGGAGCGAAGGAAUGAACAGUACAUUUCAUUAGAUGAUGGUCGGAGACUAUGUCUUGAGUGCUUGGAUUCUGCAAUUAUGGAAACAAGUGAAUGUCAACCGCUUUACCUUGAAAUCAGGGAUUUCUAUGAAGGCAUGAAUAUGAGAAUAAAACAGCAGAUCCCAAUGUUGCUUGUUGAACGGCAAGCAUUGAAUGAAGCAAUGGAAGGGGAGAAAGAUGGACAUCAUCACAUGCCAGAGACUAGAGGACUCUGCCUGUCAGAGGAGCAAACUGUCAGCAGUAUUGCUAGGAGGCCGAAGAUUGGAGGAAAUCGUAUUCUCGACAUGUUUACCGAGUCCCAGAAGCUGACUCGAAGAUGUGAUGUCACAGCCAUUCUCAUACUGUAUGGCCUUCCAAGAUUAUUAACAGGUUCAAUUCUGGCCCACGAGUUGAUGCAUGCAUGGUUGCGUCUGAAUGACUUCCGUACUCUCAGACCUGAAGUUGAAGAGGGUAUUUGUCAGGUCCUCUCCCAUAUGUGGCUUGAAUCAGAGGUUAUGGCAGGAUCAAGUAGACAUGGAGCAUCAACAUCUUCAGGAUCCUCCUCCUCUUCCUCUUCAAAAAAAGGAGUUAAAUCAACAUUCGAGAAUAAACUUGGGGAGUUUUUCAUGCAUCAAAUUGCAAUGGAUUCUUCACCAGCUUAUGGGGAUGGGUUCAGGGCUGGUAAUGCAGCCAUGCUUCAAUAUGGUUUACGGCGAACUUUGGAUCACAUUCAAUUAACAGGCAGCUUUCCCUAAGAUCUCAUUAUUCAAGUGUAGCUUAUUGUGGAUACUAUAUGUGGCUUCUCAUCAUGUUCAGUGAGUAGCGGUGACCUUAUUGAUGUAUUCUAUCCAAGUCAUUCCAUUUAAUAAUAUGAAAUAUAAUGUAGUUCUAUAAGUAAGCUUUUCCAAACUGCCAUUCAGAAAGAAGUUUAGCUGAAUAACCUGGAUGCCAACAACAACAGUUGCCCACUGUUUAUCUGUCCAUUUUACUUUUUCUUUGUACCUUCGAAUUUCUAUGAACAUUUAUGGAGAUAGUCUUUUGCAACAAACAAGGCAUAAUGCAGAAAUCCAAGGCAUUUUAAAGAA